AACAAGAUAAUUUAAAUUUAACACAGAAACAGGUACAUGCAUGGUGGACCAUUUUUAUUAAAAAAGAAUAUGCAUGUGACAAUAAUCAAUUAAUUUCAACAAAAAUUAUUGUAGAUGCUACCUACAAGACUAAUGCAUUGGGAUAUGAACUUUAUUCUGUUAUUGGCCAAUUUGAUGGCUCUGGUUUUGCAAUGGCCUACUUAUUUGUUGAGGGAAUAAAUAAAAUGGAUGGUGCACAAUUUUUCGCAGAUAUCUGCAGCUCAACAAACUUGGCCAGAUAUCAAAGUUCAAAUUUGUUAUUUGCACCUAAAAAAAUGAUUCAAAAACGAUUAGCUGAUAACAAAUAUCCAAAAAGUAUAUCAUAUAGUUCUUACUCAGCUCAUGAUAUAUUUAAUUUUAUCAGCAUUGAGUUUUAUCCAGUACAAUCAGAAGAGGAUCGAAAAAAAUUUACUUUUUGUCCAAAAGAUUUGCGUACAAUAAUUCUUAAUAUGAUCGAUCGACAUAUGCAUUUACAUCAAUUAAUUUCAACAAAAAUUAUUGUAGAUGCUACCUACAAGACUAAUGCAUUGGGAUAUGAACUUUAUUCUGUUAUUGGCCAAUUUGAUGGCUCUGGUUUUGCAAUGGCCUACUUAUUUGUUGAGGGAAUAAAUAAAAUGGAUGGUGCACAAUUUUUCGCAGAUAUCUGCAGCUCAACAAACUUGGCCAGAUAUCAAAGUUCAAAUUUGUUAUUUGCACCUAAAAAAAUGAUUCAAAAACGAUUAGCUGAUAACAAAUAUCCAAAAA